AGCUCCCAACACCCCAAGAAGACUGUCGUCCCUGAAGUGGGUGUUGUUGCAAUGGUGGUGUCGGUGGGACAUUGAAUGACUUUGGCUCCAUCACGAAAUUAUCAGUUUUAUUAAUAUUACCCCGUGAGCAUGGAGGCACUUAUCCCAGUCAUAAACAAGCUGCAAGAUGUUUUCAACACAGUGGGAGCGGAUAUCAUACAGCUGCCGCAGAUAGCAGUGGUGGGGACCCAGAGCAGUGGUAAGAGUUCAGUGCUUGAAGCCCUUGUUGGCAGGGACCUGCUCCCCCGUGGGACUGGUAUCGUGACCAGGCGACCUCUCAUCCUCCAACUGGUCCAUGUAGAUCCAGGAGAUGCGAGGAAGAAUGACGAAAGUGGCAGAGAAGGUGAAGAGUGGGGCAAGUUUCUGCACACAAAAAAUCAGAUCUACACAGAUUUUGAUGAAAUCAGGCAGGAAAUUGAAAACGAAACGGAGCGAAUAUCUGGAAAUAAUAAGGGGAUCAGCGAUGACCCAAUUCAUCUGAAGAUAUUCUCCCCUCACGUUGUCAACCUCACGCUGGUGGAUCUGCCAGGAAUCACGAAGGUGCCCGUGGGUGAUCAGCCUAAGGACAUCGAGGUUCAGAUAAAGGAUCUGAUCCUGAAGCACAUCUCCAACCCCAACUGCAUCAUCCUGGCUGUUACCGCCGCGAACACAGACAUGGCCACCUCGGAGGCCCUCAAGGUGGCCCGGGAGGUCGACCCUGACGGCAGGAGGACGCUCGCUGUGGUGACCAAACUAGACCUGAUGGACGCCGGUACCGAUGCGAUGGAUGUUCUGAUGGGCAGAGUGAUUCCUGUCAAACUGGGUCUCAUUGGAGUAGUCAACAGGAGCCAGCUGGACAUCAACAAUAAGAAGACAGUGGCUGACGCAAUCCGUGAUGAGCACGCUUUCCUUCAGAAGAAAUAUCCCUCUCUUGCAACAAGGAAUGGAACCAAAUACCUGGCCAGAACACUUAACAGGUUACUGAUGCAUCAUAUCCGAGACUGUCUCCCUGAGCUGAAGGCACGGAUCAACGUCCUGGCAGCUCAGUACCAGUCCCUGCUCAGCAGCUACGGUGAACCCGUAGAAGACCAAAGUGCCACCUUGCUCCAGCUCAUUACAAAGUUCGCCACAGAAUACUGCAACACCAUCGAGGGCACGGCCAAAUACAUCGAGACGGCAGAGCUGUGCGGUGGAGCCAGAAUUUGUUACAUAUUCCAUGAGACUUUUGGCAGAACGUUGGAGUCUGUGGAUCCUCUGGGAGGACUCAGCACCAUUGACAUCCUAACAGCCAUAAGGAACGCAACAGGCCCACGUCCGUCCCUGUUUGUGCCCGAGAUUUCCUUCGAGCUGCUGGUGAAGAAGCAGGUGAAACGCCUGGAGGAGCCCAGCCUGCGCUGCGUGGAGCUGGUCCACGAGGAGAUGCAGAGGAUCAUCCAGCACUGCAGCAACUACAGCACACAGGAGCUGCAGCGAUUCCCAAAGCUGCACGAAGCCAUUGUGGAGGUGGUCACCUCCCUCCUGAGGAAGAGACUGCCCAUCACCAAUGAGAUGGUGCAUAACUUGGUUGCAAUAGAGCUGGCUUACAUCAACACCAAACAUCCGGACUUUGCUGAUGCCUGUGGGGUCAUGAAUAACAACAUAGAGGAGCAGAGGAGGAACAGGAUGAGGGAGCUGCCCGCUGCAGUGCCCAGGGAUAAGUCGGUUGGCAAAGGCUCGGCUGGCCCGACUGUGGUUUCUGGCGAGCUCCAUGCGUCUGGAGUAGACAUGGACGGUGCCAAGGCCCCAGCAGCAGGGCCUCAGGGUGAGCAGGACAGCACAGGAAACUGGAGGGGGAUGCUGAAGAAAGGGGAGGAUGCCCCCGGCUCGGGACCAGGAAGCCCUCUUAAGGGGGUUGUCAACCUGCUUGAUGUGCCGGUGCCGGUUGCCAGGAAACUGUCAUCACGUGAACAGCGGGACUGUGAGGUCAUUGAACGCCUCAUCAAGUCCUACUUCCUCAUCGUUCGCAAGAAUAUCCAGGACAGUGUUCCGAAGGCAGUGAUGCACUUCCUGGUCAACCACGUGAAGGACAGCCUCCAGAGCGAGCUCGUUGGUCAGCUGUAUAAAUCGGGCCUCCUCAACGAGCUGCUGACUGAAUCAGAGGACAUGGCCCAGCGGCGCAAGGAGUCGGCUGACAUGCUCCAGGCGUUGCAAAGAGCCAGCCAGGUGAUCGCUGAGAUAAGAGAAACACAUCUGUGGUGAAAAAUCAACAAGGAGAGCUGAACCUGAUCUGUUAUCACCUCAUCAUGCCGAGAAGUACGAUGCUCACACACACACACCCACCCCCAUAGUGUUGGAACAAGUUUUAGAAAUGCAAACCAUGAAAAGGCACUGAUCAGAUCCCUGCUAAAAUGAAAAGUAGGUAUUUUAUAUGCACUGGAGCCAGCUGAACACAUGUACGUUGUUUAAGGUUGUUUAUUUACAAUGCUUGUUAAGUCAAUGAAACUGCACUGCCUCUGUUAGACAAUGUUCAAGAUGAGAAGUUAGAAACUGUAGUUGCCUCCAAUGUCUCCUGGAGGAAACAAAGAGUGCAGCCAAAGGCAAAGGUACUUUUGGUUUUUGACAGACUGUGGUUAACCAGAAUGGAAAUGGACUUUGUGUGAAGUGAAAAUGAAAGAUUUGAUGAAAGUUUUGGCAGCUCCACAAAGCAUUCUUCAGAAUGUAAUGGCUCUAGGUUAAAGAGAAUCAGAGAAAUAUGAUGCAACCUUCUCAUUUAGGGUAGCUGUGAUGUGUGGGAAACAUGGGACCUCAGAAGUCGUAGCAGGGAGUAUAAUAGUCCUGUGUACAUACUCCAUCUUUAAUUUUUUGCACUGUUGUCACCACACUGUACUGUAUAGAAAGUCCAUCAUCCGUACACUGAAAUACAAAAGAAUCUUUAUUUAUUAAUGUAAUUUAAGUGUGUGGAUAAUGUAACAAGCACUCAUUUCAUUUUGUUUACAUAUCUCUACCUAUAUGUGAAAUUGAUAGUGCAAUGUGGUUCUCUGUGGAUGGUUCCCAAACGAAUAAAAAGUUAUUUUAAUGCAA